AUGGCGUGGUGGGCCGGCCAUUUCCCUGCUUCUGGUUUACCUCCUUUUGCUCGGCUCUUGCCCGGGUGGAAGCCUGGUCGUUCCGGGGGCGUCUGGUUCCUCACACGCAAGCUGCGUUUCAUAAAAUCUUUCAUGAAGUCAUCGUUCGUCGGGGCAAUUGGUCAAGGAGCGUCACAUGACUACAUGCCGGCCAAGAUCGGAUCGGGGAACGAACCCCCACGUCGCGCCCCGACCCCGUCGACGAUCCCCGCCGCCUCGCUGUCCUCCUCCUCGACACCUCGCUGGAGCUGCCCCGCCGUCCUCGCCAUCGUCGUCGUCGUCCCCAUCUUCCUCCCUGAGCCCCACUGCCCCGUGCCCUACAGCCCCGCGGUGAGGCUCCGGCCUCCUCUCUCCCUCGCCCCGCGUGCUCACCGUGCGCCGUCCGCCCCCGUCUCUGCUCCUGCGCCCCACCGUGGCCAUCGCCCGCGCGCGCCCUGGCCGCGCGCCCGCGUCGGCCAAGCCCCGCCUUGCCCCCGUCGUGCCCACUCCCGCAGCCCCGCUACUGCCGCGCCCUGCUCGUCGUCGCUUGUUGCUCGCCCAUCGUGGCCACGCUCACCGCCAUCUCGCGUGUGCCCGCUCGCUCGUGGCCUCGGCCACCACGCCUGCAGCCCCCACCGCGCGCACCCGCAGUCGCCCGCGACCUGCUGCUGCUGCACUGCUCCGCCGCGCCGCGCCUGCUCUGCAGCCCCGCAGCGCCCACACGAGCCCCUGCUCGGCGGCCAGCGCGCGUCCGCCGCUGUGCCCGCGCUCGCCGCCCGCCCGCGCGCCACGCCGCUCCCCUCGCCGCCUGCGCCGUGCUCGUCGUCGUCCCCUGCCCGGCGCCACUCCGGCCUCCUCGCUGCCCGCCUGCGUCGCUGCCGUUGGCGCCGGCGUUCGCCUCUGGCCUCGCCCCACUGCGCCCAAUCGGGCGCUCAAACCGCGCCCGUAACCCGUCGCCCGCACACCCGUUAG